UGACCUCUUGACCGGGGCGAUGUCCAGUGGGGCUGAGAAUGUGCUGCUGCCCUUCCCGGGGGAGCCCCUGUCCUUUGGGGCGGGGGACUAUGGGGUCUUUGGCCUGAUGCUGGCUGUCUCCACAGCUAUCGGCCUCUUCCAGGCCCUGCGCAAGGGGGGCCGCAAGGGGGCCAAGGGCCAAGAUCAGGCCACCACCGAGGAGUUCUUCACGGGGGGCCGCCGCAUGCCCGCCCUCCCUGUGGGCCUCUCCCUCUCUGCCAGCUUCAUGUCCGCCAUCCAGGUGCUGGGUGUCCCCGCCGAGGCCCACCGCUAUGGCCUCAAGUUCCUCUGGAUGUGCCUGGCCCAGGCCAUCAACACCCUCCUCACCGCCACACUCUUCCUCCCCGCCUUCUACCGACUGGGACUCACCAGCACAUACGAGUACCUGGAGAUGAGGUUCUCCAAAAAGGUCCGUCUCUGUGGGACCAUCCAGUACAUCCUGGCCACAAUGCUGUACACGGGGAUUGUCAUCUAUGCUCCGGCCCUGAUCCUCAACCAAGUGACGGGUCUGGAUAUCUGGGCAUCCCUGCUCUCCACUGGCAUUAUCUGCACCUUUUAUACCACCAUAGGCGGGAUGAAGGCGGUGAUCUGGACUGACGUCUUCCAGGUGCUGGUGAUGCUAUCAGGCUUUGUGGCCAUCCUCAUCCGCGGGACCAUCCUGGUCGGCGGUCCCAAACGUGUCCUGGACAUCGCCUACAAUGGCUCCCGAGUCAACCCCGCCGAUUUCGACCUGGACCCGCGCAGCCGCUACACCUUCUGGACGUUCCUCCUUGGGGGGACCCUGGUGUGGCUCUCCAUGUAUGGCGUGAACCAGGCCCAAGUCCAGCGCUAUGUGGCCUGCAAGACAGAGAGGCAGGCCCAGCUUGCCCUCCUGCUCAACCAGCUCAGCCUCUUUGUCAUUGUGGGCUGCGCCGUCGGCUGCGGUAUCGUCAUGUUCGCCCUCUACAAGGACUGCGACCCACUGCUGGCCGGCCUCAUCUCCGCACCUGACCAGUACAUGCCAUACUUGGUGCUGGACAUCUUUGAGCAAUACCCGGGCGUGCCGGGCCUCUUCCUGGCCUGCGCCUACAGCGGGACCCUCAGCACGGCCUCCACCAGUAUCAACGCUAUGGCUGCCGUCACCGUGGAGGACCUCAUCAAGCCCAACCUGCCCAACCUCUCGCCACGCAAACUCACCCUCGUCUCUAAAGGCCUCUCACUGAUUUAUGGCACGUCCUGCAUCACGGUGGCAGCCCUGUCCUCCUUGCUGGGCGGAGGGGUGCUCCAGGGCUCUUUCACGGUCAUGGGGGUCAUCAGUGGGCCGCUGUUGGGCGCCUUUGUCCUGGGGAUGUUUGUCCCCGUUUGCAACACCCUGGGGGUCUUUUGCGGCCUGGGGGCCGGCUUCGGCCUGUCCUUGUGGGUGGCGGUGGGGGGCACCCUCUACCCACCCAGCCCAGCCACCAUGGGUGUCCUGCCUUCCUACGGACACUUCUGCCCACUCUACAAUGCCUCCGAGGGCGCCAACGCCACCCUCCACUUUGGACCGCUGCCCAACACAGACGCUCCGGAAGACCCCCUCGAGAGGCUGGCACUGGUGGACGACUUCUACGCCAUCUCCUACCUCUACUACGGGGCCCUGGGCACCCUCUCCACCAUCAUCAUCGGCGUCCUGACCAGCCUCCUCAAAGGCCCUGCAAAAGGCAGCGAGAAGCGACCUGGAAUGCUCUGGUGGGACAUCAUGAAGAGGCAGGCCUCCUCUUCCACUUCCGUCUUCCCUGAUGAACUCAAGCAGACCUUGAACAAGGACCCCUACAUGUGUGUGCAGGCGGCCCCCAUGGAGGAGGACAAUGGGGCGACUUCUCCCCCGGCCACUGAGAGCAAGCAGACUCUCAUUCGGGGCGAAGAAGGUGAGGAGGAGACCCUCUGCGCUUGUGCCUUGGACCCUGGCUGCUUCCACCGGCUCAGGGAGACUGACGUCUAG